GAUUGUUAAGUACCAGCCUUUGAUAAAUGAGGCAGCCAAAGCAAUGCUCAGGCAGAUCAUAAAAACUGAUGCUUCACCUCAGCUGGAAACCUUCAGCAACAGUUCUGAUAGUUUCCUGAUCAGUGACAGUUCAUCAACAUCCAAUGCGUUUGACCAUGGGACUUCUUCAAACCGUAUCUCAGGAGUGACCCUUCAGGAGGUCCCACCACCUUCUGGGCUGUCUUAUAUGGCAGCAGCUUCAAAGGACACAGGUCACAGUUCUUUAGCUUCCAUAUCUCAGAUUCAGUCUUCCUCCCUAGGUGCAAGCUCUGAGAUCAUGGGAACUCCAUAUUCGGACCUCAGCCCGCUGGUUGAAGGGCAAGAAUUGCAUUCUGUUACUCUUCCCCCACCUGACAUAAUUAUGCCUGAGCUCUCUCAAGUACAACAAAUGGUGUCAGAAACCAAUGUUGGUAAUUUGAGACCUGAAUCAGGGAAUACCACUUUCUUGGAUGAGUUGGAUCCAACCUCCUUGGGGGUGAAUGGGAAAAUGCCAUUAGAAAUCGGCAGUUUCUCUCCUGAUACUGAGAUAGAUUGGGACAUUUCUUUGUUGGACGGGAUCCAAGAGCUUCCUAGCAUAAGCGACCCCUUCUGGGAAAAUUUUCUUGCACAGAGUCCGCCUGCGGAGACUGAGGAGAUGGACUCAACUCCACCGGAAGAUCUUACCGAGGGAAAUGAAGCAAAGCCUUUGCAGAAUGGAUGGAACAAUGCUCAGCAUGUGGAUCAUCUUACAGAACAGAUGGGGCUUCUUUCAUCUGAUACCAAAAAUGUCUGAUCUCGUUUUGCCAAAUAUAUGUUUGUGUCUCAUCAUCUUUGAGCCGGAGGUGAGAUACCAAAAUCAAUGUCAGUGUGGUGGACUGCUGGUGCAAGUCCAGGAAAUCACUUACCCAAGAAAGACACGUGGUUUAUUUUAAAAAAGAGGUCAUUAGAUGUGUAACAUCAAUGGCGAAGGCUUGGAAUGCCCAGGUUUGUACGCAUUAGCAUUGUAUGUGUUGAGGAAGCUGGUCAAGGAUCGGGUUGAGUAAGCUGGUCAAGGAUCGGGUUGAGUUGCAUGUAUGAGUCUCAUCUCAUAACAUGACAUAACAUAGAGAAUCCAUUAUGAAUUUCAUAUUCUUGAAUGGAUUGAUUGUUGCUUGUUGAAUUUGCACGUGAACAUUUCAUAUGUAUCUAGGUUAGAGAGUAGUCUCUUUAGGAGAUACCUUAUUGAGCGUGACUCACCCUUUAUGGGGACAACAUUUCAGGUGCGGGAUAUGCGCCGAUGGACGGCCCUCACUCGGGCCCUCAUUAAUGAAAAAAAAUCGAGAUGUGACUUUUAAACUAUGUUUUUGUAAAAUUAAGAUGUAAUUUAAUCUUUGGACAUGAUAUUGUAUAUAAGGGAUUGUAAUC